AUGCUAUAUCUAAGGGCCUUCGCUGCCACGAUCGGCGUCCUCGUCACCUACCUAAUAGCCGAUGUAUCCGGUCAAGAUAUUGACACUAUUGUGAUCAAGGGCUCAAAGUUCUUUUACUCAGGCAAUGGCACACAAUUCUUCAUCAAAGGAGUCGCUUAUCAGCAGGACUUCCAGCCUGGUCGCGGUCAGCCGAGUAAUGGCUACAAUGAUCCUCUGGCCGACACUGCUGGCUGCAUGCGAGAUAUUCCAUACCUUAAGCAACUCGACACUAACACAAUUCGCGUGUAUGCCAUUGAUCCUACUCAAGACCACUCCGAGUGCAUGACCGCAUUGGCCAAUGCAGGAAUCUAUGUCCUCGCAGAUCUGGCGGCUCCCAAUGAGUCAAUCGACUCGAAUGACCCAUCAUGGAAUACGGAGCUAUAUGCACGAUAUACUUCCGUGGUCGACGAGAUGCAAAAGUACAGCAAUCUGCUUGGCUUCUUCGCUGGAAACGAGAUUGUCACGCAGCCAAACGUCACAGCCUCGGCAGCUUUCGCGAAAGCUGCUGUGAGGGAUAUGAAAGCAUACAUUCGUUCCAAGAAGUACCGCGCGAUCGGCGUGGGCUACGCCACGAGUGAUAAUGCUGAUAUUCGUGUGCCACUCGCGAAUUAUAUGGAUUGUGGUAACUCAAGCGACGCCAUUGACUUCUGGGGCUACAAUGUCUACUCGUGGUGUGGAGAUUCGUCAUUCUCAACGUCCGGCUAUCAGACUCGUACUGAGGAGUUGGCAAGCUACAACGUGCCGGUCUUUUUUGCUGAAUAUGGAUGCAAUACCGUCCAACCGAGGACUUUCACAGAUGUUCCCGUGCUUUUCGGGCCUCAGAUGGACGACGUCUGGUCCGGAGGCAUCAUCUAUCUAUACUUUCAAGAAGUCAACGACUAUGGUCUCGUCUCCAUUGACGGAAACUCGGUGUCUACUUUGGUAGAUUUCAACAACCUAAAGUCACAAAUCACGACCGUGUCGCCAAGCGGUCCAAAUUCAGCUUCCUACAGCCCGACCAAUUCUCCUCAGUCCUGCCCGACAAAGAAUUCAGCCUUCAGCGCAGCCACGAAUCUUCCGCCCACGCCAGACACCUCUCUGUGCGACUGCAUGUACAACUCUUUAGGCUGCGUGCCGUCCAACGAUGUCGACGCAGACUCCUACGGCGAUCUCUUCAGCUACGUUUGUGGCGACAACGCCAACCUGUGCAACGGAAUCGCUAGGAACGGCACUACUGGUCAGUAUGGCCAAUUCGGGAUGUGUAGUCCAAAGCAGCAGCUUGGCUAUGUCUUGAACCAGUACUAUAGUAGUCGCGGUGCCGAUGCGACCGCAUGUCGCUUCUCCGGUUCGGCAGUGACACAGGCUGCUGCGAGCGCCACUGGCAGCUGCGCUACACAGUUAUCUGCGGCCAGCUCUGCGAAUCCCGCUGCCGGCAGUGCUUCUUCGAGCCAAGGUGUUGGUGCUGUGAAUCCUGUGGCCGGAAUGGAUGUUGGAUAUGUUAGCUUGGCGGUGCUUCUUCAAGUUGCUAUCAUCUCUGGUGUCGGUAUGAUCUGGCUCUGA